UGUGGAUAUGUAAAGAACUUACACAGGAUUCAUUUAAUGUGUCAUUUUGUUUCAAAAAACUUUUUAUUUAGGGUCCUGUUUGUUAUUAUAAGAAAUGUACAAAUCUGCUGUUCGAACUGCCAGCAUCUCUGGCAGUUUUUACAGUUUUUACACAGAGCAGACAGAAAGGGGAAUAAUAAAAGGUCUGGCUGCAAUUAUUUACAAAGUUAUAAAACUCAUCCUGGAGACUCGAUUGUUGUGACAAGACAUUUAUUUAUAUGACAGCUUUAGUUAAAAGGUAAAAUGGAAGAAAAGCUGUAAUUGGUUUACCAGAUUAUUUUCAGAUAAACCAUAUAACUAUUUACUAUUUAAAGCUGUCAGCUACUAGUAGUGCCCCAAGUUCUAGAUUAGGUACUUUUACUGUAUUUAUAUAUAGAUAUGCCUACAUUCCUGUUCACUGUCAUCCAGGAAGGAGAUUACAUGUAGUAAAUUAUAUUCAGUAGAGUGUAGAGCUGUUUCAUUGUUAAACUUGCUGAAGGCAAGGCUCGUGUUUAAGAGAGCAGCCUCAACUUUCAGAUUAUGAAGAUAACAAGGAGCCUCUGCUGAUUAUGGCAUCACUCUCGCAGCGCCAUCUUCUCAGUCUUGUAGAGGCAGAGACUGAAGCUCUUGAUGGCAUUGGGGCCAUUGUGACUGCUUCUGUCUUAACCUUGGUGCUGGUGUUGGUGUUGCUGAUGUGUACUUGUGACCAGGGCAGAGGUUAUGACCUAGCACAGAUCCAUUGCGAGGCAGAGACAACAGAGCUGCAGAGCGUUUCUCACAGAAACUCUGCUGGCCCCAAGACUUUGGUAGCUACAGAUUUAGCAGGAGAUAUAGAAGCUUUGGUGGAUGGGGAAGCUGGUCAGACUGUGGUUGCUGGAGAGAGGGCACUAAAUAAUGGAGUGUCAGCAAACAGGAACAGCAUGGGCUCUAACAGUCACAGUCGCCAGGCUAGCAGUGGUUCUCUGCAGAUGCGUCCAACAAGUCUGCGGGAACUCCCUGAAGUGCCUACCAGCAAUCACAGUCGUAAUCAUUCUGGCUCUGGUGGCUUGGAGAAGCAGGCAGGUGGACUGCGCAGCAGCCAUGAGGGUGAUGAAGAUGAUGUUGGCUAUGAUCAUCUUUGUGCAAGGGUUGGCUCCAGCAACAAGCCUGCCAAAAAUUAUGACCACAUUAAACUAGACUCUCCUGGUCAGGUGAGCAUAAGUGCUACUCCUGUGUCUGAUCCUGACAACAUCUCAGAAAACCACUACUCUCAAGUGAGGGAGAGGACUUACGAUGUUGUGAAAGAUGUUCGAGCAAGAGGAGCCACCAAUUCUAUGGCAUCACAUGACUUUGAUCCUUAUGCCAAGGUGAAAGAUGAUGAUGACGAUAAAGAGGAUCCAUAUGCCAAAGUCAGAGAUGGUGAAAAGGACACAGAUGACUAUUCCCAUCUGAAGCACAAGCAUCUUGUCCAUGCUGUGCCAUCUGUCAAAGCUGCCAAAGGGGUGGUGGAGGAUGAUGAAGAAGAUCCAUAUGAAAGAGUUAUUGGGGAUUCUGGUAGUGCAAGAGUGCAGGUACCACUGUCCGUGGCUGACUUAGAUGAUCCUUAUUCCACGGUCAUGGAUCAGCCAGCUGUGACUGUUAUUCCCAUGCAUGUCUCAACAACGACUGUCACUAAUUCAUCAGCUGGUGGUGCUGUCAACUCCAUCAAACACAAGAGCAGCAGCGUGCAUGCCAGUCAUGGUCUGCCUCGGAGUGAUAGUAACCACUUUCAUCUAAAGUAUGCUGAUGAAGAUUCUGAAGUGCAGGGAGACUAUGCUGUCGUCAUGAAAGACCGCCAAGGCAGUGUGUAUAGAAGACAAAACAAUGAGCAAAGGGGAGAUGAUGGCGAAGAGGAUAUCAUGCCUUAUUUUUCUUCCCCUCCUGAACCUCCUCGGCUGUAUGGGACAGGUGAGACUUUGGAAGAGGAUGACGCCAUGGCAGCAACACCUGGCAGUCCCUCUGGUGGAAGUCGAAGGGCAGAAACAAAGGAGCACAAGUACACUAAGGUAACAGCUCGUGAGUCUCUGGCCAGCAUGACAGCACGGAAUGCACUCAACAUGUACGAGAUAGUUCCUGACCUUGCAGAAAACACUUAUGCCACGGUUGAAGGUGGAUCAGGAGAUGGUGUUGUCCACUACGCUUCUGCAUCCAUGACUCAGGUUUAUCCCCACCGACAUGAUGCUGACCCUCUCAAUGAAACUUAUGCUGAAAUUAACACAUCGACCUCAGGAACUUACACACCAACAGUUCCAGAGCCCCCAUCCCUGGACACUCUUCAUUUUAUGACCAAGUCCACCACAUCAAGUGAAGGGGACCACAGCUACAGGAACCCUAGCAGUCCAUCUGCAACAAAUGCUGGUGUCUUUAUGAUGGAUGAUGGAUAUGCUGCUGUUUCCAAGACCUCUAGUUUUUCACCUAGUGAAACAGCCUUACCCCUGAUUCCUCGCAGUGCAACGACAGGCAGUGUCCAUAAUCCCAGCGAGCUGACUAAUGAUGCAUCAGCCAAUGGUAUAUCAAUGCACCCAGAUUAUCAUCGAGUCAAAGACUAUAUUGGAGUUCAGGACAUGGAAAAUGAUCCAAACUAUGAAAGCGUGGAUGAAGCUUAUGCUAGAACAUCCUCAUCCAUGGCUGCCUUAGGAUCAAACUCUGCCACAGCCUCAAAAAUUGUUGCCUCCCCUUCUCGGCGGCAGCAUGAGUAUGAAGAGGUCAGCCCCUCUGGUACACCAUUGUCUGGUGGGCGCAAGUCAAAUGGACAGACAUCAGCAUUAUCUAAAGGCAAGACACAAAACUCAAGCAUCUCCACUGACACUGUGGAGACAAUCAUUCCUUCUGUUCACAGCCAUCAGUCCAUCCAAACAGCAGCGUAUGCAAGGGACCGGGUGUUGGAAGGACACAUGUAUGAAGAUAUCAACGAAGUGCAGAAAAGAAAGCGCUCCCUUGCUUCCAAGUCUGCAGGUGGAACCAAAGUUAACAAAGAAGCAGAGUCCACACACUGAAGGGGAUGUAGUUCUUUCAUAUUAACUAUUUGUUGGCUAGAGGUGCUAUGGUGAAUAGAUUACUGUCACUAGUAUUACCUCUCUGACCAGGCUCACACUCUGAGCAGAUGUGAAAAAAAUUUCUCAAUGCAUCAUUCCUCCUACUCCACUGUAAAAGUGUCUUUAAGCUUUGAACAGUUUUCAAUAAUGAUCAUGCUGCAAUGACGACUGAAGUGUAUUUGGUUGUAAAGAUUGCUUUGAAAGAGGAAAGGAUGCUUGCAAGCAUUCCUGUUCAUGAUAAACCUAAAAAAAAUUCUUUAUAGCCUUAGUUCAUUUCCAAAUAUAGAAUGAAAGAAGAUUCAAGCUGUGUAGUGAUCAAAAGCGAUUGGCUUAUAUAAUCAAGGCUUAUAAACAUAGGUGUAAAUCACAACAGUGCAUUCUCCACAUUUGCUAAGACAUGCUUCCCCUUACUGUUUACAGUGUGUAGAAAGGCUUCUGACAUGUUAGUGAAUGAACUAGAUUGAGUGCCCUCUUUUUAAAAAAAUACAAGAAUGUUUUACUUUUAGAGUGACAGCAUUUCUAAGAUUUUUGUGUAGGGCAGAAAUUGUUGAAAUUUUAAAAAUGUGUGUUCGUCCUCUUUGUAAGCAAAUUUCCAUGGAUACUUUUAUAAACUCUUAUUACUUACACCAUUUUAAAUGCAAAGUUUAACAAGACUUUUUAUAUGUGCAAUAAAACUGAGUGAUGGGGAAAGUUAAAAGAAAAAAAUCAUUAACUAAAUUUAAUUCAAAUUUUUUUAAAGUUAUGAGUACAACUAUCAACUCUGAAAGCAAAUGCAUAAAUACUUCUAUCUCCUCAGUACUUAUUUUUACAGAAAUCUUUACAUAUAUAAAUAUAUAUGUAUGUGCACGAACAUGUACUUACAUGUAGCCAAGGACACAGUAGAUGGAGGCUAGGGUUAAGAUUUUGUAAAUGCUUCCUUGUCUUAAAUAUAUGAUCUGAUACCAGAAAGUUUUCUUAAAAAAUUAUCCCAUUUAUUUUUGGAUUAGAUACUAGUUUGGAAAACUUCAACUUUUGUUUAAAAGGGACAGAGCUUUUGAUGCCUUGUACUCAUUUUCACAUGAAAUAUCUUUUCAUAUUUUUGGGUUUCAGUCCUUUGUGCUUAUUCUUUGUGCACAUGAAUAUCUUAUAGCAGAGUAUGAAUAUGCUUAAGGUAAAAUGCAAACGUACAUUUGCAAAUGCAACAUUGCAAAUACACAUUCAUUGAUGUUCCGUUCUCUUUAUCUUUCUCUCUCACACAUACGCAUACUAGGGAAACACUCCUGCACAUCUGCAAAUGUAAGUAGCAUAUAUAUUUUUGCACUUGAAUUGUAUGUAUGCCACAUAUGCAUGUGGAGAGACUGUAUACAUUCUCUUUCUCACCCUCCCCCUCCCCCCAGAAACAUGAACACAUUUGCUAGAUAUCUUUUUGUUUUGUUUUUUUAUCAAUAUAUUAGAAAAAUGCAACACAGACCAAAUAAACAGUCCUCUAAUUUCUUUGUGCUUGAAGAUUUGAGGUCAAGGUCUCACUCAGAGAGGGUUGAAUUGUACUGUAUCUUUAGUCACAAAUGUGAAUGUAUAUUUACAUUGUUUUAAAAAUGGCUUAUGUAUUGUACAUGUAGUUGAAUGUUGUAAAUCCAACAGUUUCAUUUCAAUGAAACUAUUUUCCCAAAUAUGGUCCUUCUAUGAAAUCAGCCCUGACCAAGCUUAUAGCCUUUUGACUUGUGUUAGGGUAUUUGUUUAUUGUACUAUAAGAAACCUAAUGGAAUACAUUAUUACUAGUUCUUGUUACCAGAAAGGAUUUUUGUUUGUUCUCAGGUUUGUUCUGCACAAUUGGCAAGAGACUAGCCUGAAAUUUACCAUUAACACAUAUUGUUUCUAUAUAUUUUUCUUGCAGCUUGCUGAUAUAUUGUGCAACAUUUUCCCUCCUUGCAGAAAGUUUGAACCUUUCACAGCUUUAAAUGAAGAUCAUAUCAUUAAUUGCAUAUAUCAUGCAUAUUUAUCGUUCAGUUUUUAUCAUGUUUGGUUGUAUUGAAUUAUAUUGUUUCAUGGACUGGCAAUAUACACAGGAAUUUUAUCUGGAAUUCAAACUGGAUGUUUAUGAGUUCCACUUGAACUUUUUAAGACUUUUAUCUCAGAAUUUGUGAUUGUUUUGGCUUAUGUGUUUUACAUAGAGACUUUUGAAUAGCUUGCUGUUUGAAAAAGUUUCACUAAGAAGGAUUGGGAACUUACAUGAAUUACUACGUGAUGAUCAAAUAUGUGGACUUUUCAUUAUACUGAGCAUACACGUAACCAGACAUGUAAAAAACUAUUGUGGUUCUCUGUCUAGAUUUUAAGGGAAUCUUAAGUUAGAAGAAAGGUGUCAGCAGUUCUGGUGGAAUUUCAUGUGAUUAAUAUUUACAUUUGGCUGGUUGUUCAUGAGUUAGAACUAAAUUUAUAGAGUGUAACUCAUAAAGUAACUGACUUUGGCUCUGUGAGAAUGCUUUUUUUUAAAAAAAAUGAUGAAGAGUCAACGAGGUCAAGCAAGGGAACAACACCUGGUUCAGGCUUAAUGUUGCAGUGUCUUUAACUGUAAGAAAUAAUUGUCUGUUCAUGUAGUAAACUACAGAAAAUUUUGCAGAUUCUGCCUAUGUGCUGACUGUACAAUGUGUAUCAUCUUAUAUGUACAAUAUAUAUUGUCCUAUUUGCCAGUGAUUAGCACUCUGUAUAUGGUGCAUUUUGCUUGUAGACCUUUAGAAACUAGCUUGUCUCAUUAUUGCUGCUGGAGUAAUAUUUUUGUGAUCAUGUGUAACUUUCAACUGCCUUUUUUUGAAGAUUUGAGAGUUGUUCUCACUUGCUGCCAUUGUAAGCAGAACACCACUGGGAGCCUUUGUGUCGUCUACCAGUCAACACCAUCAACGCCUUGCUUUUUACCAGGAUGCUUGUCUCACAUUUUCAAUAAUAAGAUGUGCAGUCACUUGUGUGUAGGUGCUUGUGCUUUGACAUGGAGAGUGGAUAUACAGUUCACAGAGUGGUUUAUUUUUCUACUUGCUUUGGGUUUAAACUUAAUUUUUGUUACAAACAUUGGAAAGCACAUUGGCACUAAGGGCACUUACUAUAUAGGGAGAGAAGACUAUUUGUAAGUAUUCUGUUAAAAAAAAAUAUAUAUGUAUAUGGCAUGUGUGUGUGUAUGAGAGAGAGAGAGAGAGAGAGAAAAAGAUAUUUGGAACAAUUUGUUGUAAUCCCCACGCUUGCCAAAGAGUAGAGGAGUACUCAACAUUGUUUGCAGUUGUGUUAGAUUAUACAUAGCCACCAACUUAUUUGCUUUGCCAAAUGAGUCUAAGAAUAACAGUUGAGAUGCAGCUGACCAAUUAUUUUAAGAUGCUCCUCGUACUGAACAUAAAGGUAUUGCAGGUUGAAUGAUUUGGUUACGAAGGAAGUUUUUCAUUUGAAGCUGAAAAGCAGAGCUUUUGUUUAAUUUGCUUAAAGUGCAUGCUGUCUUAUGGAUGUAGUUGUACGUGAUAAAAUAUGGGACACAAGUUUAUUGGUGCUACUCUGUGUAAUGAGUACAGCUUUUUGGAGGUAUGCCUGAGUAUUCAGCACAGAUUGUUGGAGGAAGUUGUCACAAUGGAUACAGAGAAUUGUUUAGAAGAAAACAGCUGAUGUGAAUGAAAUGCAAAGUCUUUCAGAGCAAAUAAUGCUGAUGAUGACUUGCAUAACAUUUUCUUUUAUUGCUCAUUUAUUCUACUUCAUUGCCUGUUGCAUUGAUUAUCAUAUGGCUGUUUGACGUGCCACAAUGCUUGUGAGUGAAUGAGCAUGAAGAAGAUGCUUUCAGAUGAACUUCUCAGUGUACCAGAUCUGCCAGUAAAAUCUGCAGGCUGCCUCAGUAGCACAAGGUUUGCUUACUCAAUCACAGCGAAAAUUGCCAGUGCUUUUGCAACAAAUAUUAGCAUUAUCUCAUUAUUACUGGGUUUUUUUACCUAGUCCAGUUUUGUUUCCUCCCAUGCACCAUCAUCAACCAAUUUCAGCUUGUGUUGGUCUUCCACAUAUUGCACUCUUUUGUCUUGCUUCUUUCCUGCUGUCUUGCCGUGGUAUAGCCUUACUCGCUGUCAUGGCGUAAAACUCAACUAGCCGACCAUUAUUUCCUGCUGUAAUGGUCAUUGCCUCUCAUCUUAUUGCCAGUUAUCUUCAUCUUUAGUAAUGCAUUAUAAGCUUUAUCUUCAAUAAUCCAUCAAGUCAUCUUUGAAGUCACAUGACAUUUGCCUUUGUUGUCAUUUUACCAUUUACCUUCAUAUUUGGUUUCAUGGACCAUUUUUGUGAGCGCGAUCCUCUUUUCUCUCAAGACCUUGCUUUUAACGAGAUUAGACACGUCAGAGUUUUUACAUGACUGCCUUGAGAGCUAAAGUUAUCUGCAGCAUUAUUUAAGCUAAUACAGAAUUUGGUGCACAAUGCAGGGAAUACAAGUGCGAUGAUUACUGAAGUGCAUGAAAGUGCUGAAAUCUGAAUCUUCCAUUUUGCAUGCGUAAAAUGCAUCCAGAUGAUUGGAAACAACAUUCAUUAUCAAGAUCAAGUCUGUAGAGCAUAGUUCCUGUUUGUAUCAACCAUAUAGACUGUAAUAGUUAUGUUACAACGGCUUGAACUUUUACUUGCAGAUGGGACCAAGUCAGUCGGUACUAAACACAGAAGAAGAGUUUGGCUCAGUUAUUUUUGGUUAAGAACAGAGGCAUUGCAUUUAGGAAUAGGUACAUGUAUGGUUGACAGUAUUAGGAGAGGUAAGGGACAUUUUAGAAGUGAAAUUGUUUACUUGCUAUGGAAAAAACCCAUCACUAACCCAAAUUAAAAAUAUUGGCUGGGGCCAUGGACCAUAGUUUAUUAAUUCCAUUCAAUAAUUUAAAUUUUGCUUUAUUGUCUGCUUAUUUUUAAGGCUAGCUUAUUUAUUGUAACCAGCAGUCUGACAGCUUGCAACAUUGAUGAAGGCUUCAUGCAUUUGUUUCAUAUUAUGCCAGUAUUGCAUAUUUGUAAGCAGUGUUGUUACUUUCAUGUAAGCUUUAUAUUUUUUUUUUUGGUUAGAAGUUUCUUUUAUGACUGCCAACCAUCAGAAAACAGCAUGUGUUACAGCAGCAUAACUAAAGAAUUUGUAAAAUUUCAUAAAAGAAAUGCUUGCCAGAGUUAAGCACCAUGAUUUAGUUCAAUGGUCAAAUGCAAGAAGUUCUUCUAUUGAACCUUUGGAAACAUAAGGUAUCUUUACUAAAAAGUACUAGCAGGGAUAGCACCGGUAUAAAGAUACAAAUCGUUUCUUUUUUCAAAUAAUAACAUGUUGGCACAGAUGUGUGCAGUAGUCAUUGGCAGAUAUUCAUGCAGUCGGAAUAGUUUUGCAAAUGUUAGUAUGAGAAUUGUUACUGCUGUUGUUGUUUUCACCAAUUUUGGCAAUUGUUAGCAUAAACAGUGAUAGCUUCAAAGUUAUUAAUAGAAGUAUCACUUUUGUUAUAGGACUGCUGGUCAUACAUGAAAAGACAUGCUAUGAUUUAGCAAACUUGUCAGUAUCAAUCCAUUUCUUUUCCUUCUUCUGAUAUUAAGGCAGAGCAAAACCUGUUUACACUAUUACAGUAUAUUUAUGUUGAAUAAUAUUUUUUUUUACUGGUGAUUUGUGUUUUCACAAUGCAAGAGGCAUAUUUGUUGGACUUUUGUUGCAUGUGGAAAGCGAAAAGGGCAGGAACAUAUAAGUCUAUACAUUUAUUUUUAAAACAGAGAGCUUAAGAUUUGGUAAAAUUUUGCUCAAUAUUUUUGCUUUUGUUGCACCCUUCAGUCCAUGACCACCACCCAAUCUAUGCUGGAAUACAUGUGGUUAUCUGUCUUUGCCUUCCAGUCCAAUUCCCACCGAGAAAGACCCUGUUGAUUGCCUAUACCAUCUAAAUACUUUUAUCUUCAUUAUCCAUCCCACACAUUCCCCUGUGGUGCUGGAAGUCACAUCUGUUUGGACUCAAGGAGUUUGCCUUGAACAAGCAGCACUGUGGCAGUGUAUGUGCAAAUGAAACAUGCAUGUAUGUGCAUAUCCUAUGAUUAUCAGUGUUUUUAGCCAUUUUUUUGUUUUCUGCUCUUUAUACACGUGGAUUCUUGCUGUUGUGGAAAUGGAAGAGUGCAUUACAUCUGAGCAAAUUUUAAGGUCUUCUAAUAUUAAGUUGUGAAUCUUUAUUGUGCGGGUGUUCAGCUUUUUAAAAAUUGUAUUUAUUGUUGUGUAUUACUAUGUGGUACAUCUGGCAGCAAGAUUGGCAUGUUAUGAUUCAGCAAGCUGAAUAGAUGGAAUGUCAAUUCUCAAU